GCUAAAGUUAGUGCGGCAGACGAUUGCAUGCAGCAAACAAAGAAAGCGAGAAGAUUUAGCGCGGUUAUGUUGAUUUCUGAAUGCAUCUUUCAUAAUGCAUGUAUUGAGUGUAUUCUAUGUGAAACUGUUUGUUACAAAUAAUUUGCAACGCGUUUAGUUGUUCGUGAUCUUUAAACGCGUGUAAGAAAACAUGCGCAAGUCAUCUAUUCUUCAGCAAUCUGCAAAUAAGAAAUUUAACAGCCCUUUCUUGAAGCCAGCGUCGACUGCUUCAGCUGUGAGAGUAAAGGAACAGCCAGAGCUUUGCAGCACUGUGACUGGGUCUGACAAGGGGGCUCAGAAAAGAAGUAUCGGUGAUAUAGUGAACCUUGUCAACCAAUGCCCAGCUGCACAAGAGGCAGUGAAGAAGGUCCGUGUAGAGCUGAAUGCUCAAACCAGACCUUCACCAGAUGCUGACAGCUGCAAUGAAAGCCUACCAACACUGCCAACACCAGUGCAGAAUACCAGAACACAGUUACCUCUGUCUGAUGCACCAGGAGCCACUAACAACGCUCGUUACUACAGCGUUGUCUGGUGCAAGAAGUCAAUGAAAAAACACAAGAAGUGGGAAGGUGAUGCUGUGCUCAUAAUCAAAGGACGGUCAGCCACGUUGAGAAGCUUGGAGGGAAAAGAAUUGUCGUCUGCAUUUGGGUACAAAGUGAAGGAGGUUGAUGCAAUUGAAGAAGGAAGCAUUUUCAGCAUCGGCGGCAAAGAAUGCGAGAUACAAGCUUCCAUAUCUACCGAAGAGUACCUUUCAGGGCGCUGUUUCAGUGAUGGCUUUGUACCUGUGGCCACCCAAGAGGACUCAAUACAGCCACGUUCAGCACCUGCACUUAAGGCGUCAACACAGCAACAUGCCACAGUCAAGUUCCCAGCUUUUAGAAGUCCUCACGUGGGAAGUCUUCCUUCUAACACAAGCAGCAAAAAGAUUUUCAUCCCACUGCCCUGUCCACUGAUCAAGCCAGACUCGCUAGUCAUGCCUCGCCCAAACAGCAUUCACCAAUGGGACCAUAACAAGAAGAACCUUCCCGUGACAGAUGUGGUUGUGGAAGACUCACUUGCUCGAUGCUUGCGGCCUCACCAGCGUGAAGGCCUCGUCUUUCUCUAUGAGUGUAUCACGCAGAUGCGAGCUUUUGAUGGAUGCGGUGCGAUUUUGGCGGAUGAAAUGGGCCUUGGAAAGACCCUACAGUGCAUUGCACUUAUAUGGACACUUCUGAGGCAAGGACCGUACGGUGGGCAACCAUUUCUUCGUAAAGUCAUCAUCGUGACACCGAGCAGCCUCGUUAAGAAUUGGGUCAAGGAGUUCAAGAAGUGGCUGCAGAACAGAAAUCUUCGAGUCUACCAUGUUGAUCAGAACAACAAAAUUGAUGUCUUUUUAAGUCAACCAUCCACGUAUCCUGUGCUGAUUCUUUCAUAUGAAAUGUACAUGCGUGUCAGCAAUAGCCUCGCCAGCACCAACUUUGACCUGCUGAUCUGUGACGAGGCGCACAGGUUGAAGAAUGCCAACAUCAAAACCACAGAGUCUCUGCACAACUUGGGAACCCUACGUAGAAUCCUGCUAACAGGGACACCUGUACAGAAUGACCUACAAGAGUUUUUUGCCCUUGUUGAUUUCUGCAACCCUGGAAUAUUAGGCAAGUCGUCAAGUUUUCGCCGCAUCUAUGAAGAACCAAUUCUGAGGUCGCAACUUCCGGGGGCCACAGAAGAAGAGAAGGAGCUGGGCCAGGCGCGUGCCAACGAAUUGAUGCAGGUCACUGCACCGUUCAUCCUCCGCCGGACCCAAGAUGUAAUUCAAAGCUACCUUCCUGGAAAAGUCGAGUGUGUUGUCUUCUGCCGCCCUCAACCACUUCAGCUAGCACUCUACCAAAACCUGCUGGAUACAAACAUGGUGCGGGCUUGCCUAAGCAGUUAUCUGUCAACUGAUGCGAACUGUCCCCUGGCUUGCAUUCUGGCUCUUCGAAAACUCUGCAACCAUCCCCUACUCGUUGCCUCCCAGGAAUUUGCUGACAAAGAUGAGGACGCUGGUUUAGCAACUCUACAUGCCGAAGCUCGCAGAUGUCUCGCUUCAGAACUUGAUCCCAUGUUGAUGGACCUCGAAGCGGGUUCUGGCAAGCUCACAGUUUUGGCUGCUAUGCUUCAUUCUCUGUGGACUUCCUUGCCUCGGGAGCGGAUAGUCCUGGUAUCAAACUUCACAAAGACUCUGGACAUCCUUGAAGACGUGUGCACUCAGAAAGGGUAUCCUUUCUUGAGGCUGGACGGGUCUACCUCAACGAUGCAGCGCCUGGAGCUUGUCGAGCGAUUCAACUCUCCACACUCAAACUGCUUUGUGUUUCUGCUCAGCUGCAAAGCCGGUGGUGUGGGGCUCAACCUUGUUGGAGCCAGUCGCAUUGUUCUGUAUGACGUAGACUGGAAUCCGGCAAAUGAUCUGCAGGCUAUGGCACGUGUCUGGAGGGAUGGCCAGUCUCGCCAUGUUUCCAUCUACAGACUUCUGACCACGGGCACCAUUGAAGAGAAGAUAUUCCAGCGGCAAGUGACAAAACAGGAACUCAGUGGAGCUGUGCUGGAUAACAAGAAGGAUGGCAAGAGAGCCAAGUUCUCCCUCGAAGACCUGAAGGACCUGUUCACACUUGAUGAAGAAACCAGGAGUUCUACUCACAAGUUGCUGGGUUGUAGGUGCGACAGUAUGGAAGAAACUGACGAUGAUUUCCGUGACAGUCAUACCCAAGCGGACCCUGCAAAGGAGCCAAGUAAAAUCCCUAAGCGUUCAUCUCAGCUGGGGAGUGCAAAAACUCACGGCAUCAUCGGAAAGAAGCUUGGCAUGAGUGAUCUGCUCCGGUGGGAACACAUUCCUGCACCAAUUGGCGAGCACUUUUUACAGGACCCUCACCUGGUUGCUGCAGAGGACAACAUCACAUUUGUUUUCCGUAACACUGUCUCAAAAGCAAAAUGACAUCAGUGCACAACUGUAGCCAUCCACCUCACCCUCCUUAUUUCAAAUGUGUUUGUGAACAAGCACCACUAAUCAUUCAUGCUCAUUACUGUAUUCAUCAUUUAUUUUAGUCUUUGUUUGACCAUGAACAUAUAUAUUUAUGUCGGUUGCAAUGUCUAGCAAUAUUAAUAAAGAAAUUAAUUAUAUGCUUGAAGGAUUUCUUUUAACUAUACUGGCACAUGCGUGUGAGGGUCAACUGAACAUCUGUUGAUGCAGUGCCUAAAAUGUCGAACUUUCAUUUAACAAGAUUUCUUAAUAGUAUUCCUUCCCCUAAAAUGCUUUUGUUUCUGUUUACUGAAAUAUAGUAACCUUCCUAUGCACCAACAGUAUAGUGAAGUCUUCACAUUAUAAACACACAUCUUUUGGCAACCUUAACGAGAGCGAUUCACAGGCAAGUGGCAAGUGAAUCACGUCUUUGUUCCAUUUCCUACUGAAUCGGCAUUUGAAUUGCACCUGUACAAGGCCAGCACCACCUAGAAAAACAAGGCUGGCACACUUAAGAGGAGGAAGCUUUAGCUCGGGAGCUCCUAUGUAAAUACUACAUUGGAAUGGAGAAAUCGUUUCUCUCAGUAACCACUACAACAAGUUUGGUAAGGUAUGUCGCCAUAAAAAAAAAAGAAAGAAUGUUCAAUUCUAGAAACUGUAGAAAGUGGAGUUUUUAUUAAGCUGUCAUUUUUUUUACAAAAGAUUGCUGAAAAUUGAAAAAGAAAAAAAAAACACUCGAUUAGUACCAAGUUUUUCGACUCUGCAACUCAGCAUUAAAAAAACACUACAAUUUUGUAAACUGUACCUGUUGAAACGGGGAAUCUCACACAACUAAAGCAGUCAAAAUUGAUGUCUUAUACAUCACUCUGGAAUAAUACCACUAAUUUGUGAGUAAGUUAGGAGGGUGAUAGUUUGGGCUAGUUGGUAUUCCAUAGUCUAAUAAUAAGUGAAUCAAGAUGGGACGACAAGAAACAGAAACAAGUGCUUUAAGUUCCUUGCAAGUGCAUGUCUGUCUUUCUUGCAUCCCAUCUUCAUUCACACUUUAAACUUGUUGUGAUAAGACUU